AUUGAGGAGAAAGAAAAGAAGAGAAAAGUGAUGCAGUGCAGGUCAGAGAACAGAGGUGAAGGAAGGAAGGAAAAUUAAGCAGUUAGUAAUAAAUUGGUGGCAAGUGGCACUGCGUGUGGUUGCGUUGUUGGAGGCUCUGUUAACGAAGUUUGGGUUCGAUUGGAUUCAACACUUUCCUCAAAUCAAAUCUGAAUCAUUCUUCUCAUCCAUUCAAUUCAAUCCAACCCAUUCCUUUGUUCUCUUCUUCUGUGUGUCUGGGAAAGGAAGAGAGAGUGGGCCUGGGCAUGGCUAUUGCAGCAGCAGCUGUCGUGGUCCCAUUGGGCCUGCUCUUCUUCGCCUCUGGCCUCGUCGUUAAUCUCAUUCAGGCAAUAUGCUAUGUUCUUGUAAGGCCACUGUCAAAGAAUUUGUACAGACGGAUCAACCGGGUAGUAGCGGAACUGUUGUGGCUGGAACUUGUAUGGCUUAUUGAUUGGUGGGCAGGAGUGAAGGUCCAAGUAUUCACCGAUCAUGAAACCUUUCGUUUGAUGGGUAAAGAGCAUGCACUUGUGAUAAGCAAUCACAGAAGUGAUAUUGAUUGGCUUGUUGGAUGGGUUUUAUCUCAGCGUUCAGGUUGCCUUGGCAGCACUUUAGCUGUGAUGAAGAAAUCAUCCAAGUUUCUGCCGGUCAUUGGCUGGUCAAUGUGGUUUUCUGAGUAUCUUUUUCUGGAGAGAAUUUGGGCCAAAGAUGAAAUCACUUUAAAGUCAGGCCUUAAACGGCUGAGUGAUUUCCCUCUUCCCUUUUGGUUGGCUCUCUUCGUAGAAGGAACACGCUUUACACAGGCCAAACUACUAGCUGCUCAGGAAUAUGCAACUUCCACUGGAUUGCCUGUUCCUAGAAAUGUUUUGAUUCCUAGAACUAAGGGGUUUGUUUCUGCAGUAAGUCAUAUGCGUUCAUUUGUUCCAGCCAUUUAUGAUGUAACAGUGGCUAUCCCCAAGAGUUCCCCUGCUCCUACAAUGCUAAGACUCUUCAAGGGGCAGCCUUCAGUGGUUCAAGUUCAUAUCAAGCGGCAUUUAAUGAAGGAAUUGCCAGAAACAGAUGACGCUGUCGCUCAAUGGUGUCGAGAUAUAUUUGUGGCCAAGGAUGCUUUGUUAGACAAGCAUAUAGCUGAGGAUACUUUCAGUGAUCAAGAGCUGCAGGAUACUGGGAGACCAAUAAAAUCUCUUCUGGUAGUUAUAUCUUGGGCAUGCCUGGUUGUUACGGGGUCUGUAAAGUUCCUACAACGGUCGGCGCUGCUGUCUUCCUGGAAGGGUGUUGCAUUUUCUGCUUUUGGUUUGGCAGUUGUUACUGCACUCAUGCACAUCUUGAUUCAAUUCUCACAGUCAGAGCGUUCAAACCCAGCCAAGAUCGCCCCUGCAAAACCUAAGAACAAAGCGCAGCAGCCAGUGGCUAGAAAUGACAAAGAACAGUAGUUUACUUGCUUGGUGCGCAAACCCAAAUCUUCCAUACGUAGAUAGGGACUUCAUCUUCAAUCAUAUUUUGGCGAACUUCAAGUUGCAUUUAUGUGUGUUCAGUGACUCACGUAUUACUCGUAUUAUUUUGCUUUUAAAAUCUUAUCUAUGGUAACGUUCAAUUCUUCUUUGUAGUAUUAUGUAUGCUUAUCGAUUCAUUGUUUUUAAAUUAAUUAGGAUAACCUUGUAUGAACAAACUAGGAUGCCUUAGCAAAAUUUUACCACAUCUAUUUUUUCUUUUGGCUAUUUAUCCACUUAACACAUUUCCGUACCUGAAAUUUAUUACUGGAUGACCUACGCAGGUGGCUAUCGUCCAAUGCUGUCUUCUGUCUAUUUAACGUUCUAGUUUGUCUGAAAAUAGUGUUUUUUUUUGUGGAAGUUUUGGCUUGAUAUGUUAACUUAUUUUUGGUUUUAUUGUUUUUUCUUUAUUGAGUUUUCCUUAAAUAAAAUGUAAUUUUGUAUUCAUAAAGGUUGUAAGAUUGGAGGAAAUCUUUGAUGAUAAUUUUUAAAGAUGAUUUAUAGU